AUGAACAAUUCCACUCCUACCCCUGCCGCUAGCGGGGCUCAAGAAAUCGACCUAAGCCAGUACACCAGCGACGGCACAGGACAAGAAUGCAUGAACCUAAUUACCGUCGCCCAAUCCUCGGAGACCUUCCUUGAGCACUUGACACACAUCUUCAAUACACGCGGCUACGCAAUGACUGCCUUUGGUCGCUAUGUCAAUUUCGUCAACUCCCCACCCAAGGGCUACACAGAAUACUGGCGCCAUCGCAGAGUCGUACUCCCUGAUGACCCACAAUACCUCACCAUUGGUGACCUGUACGUGUACGGACACCCAUCAAAAAAGCCUUUCAAGUCAGUCGCAAGAUUCGGUCAGCAUCUGGUCAGCAUCGUGCUAGGCGACCUAGACAAUUGCAGAUGUGUUUUGUGUGAUGGAGAUGGUCCACCUCCUCAGAACCCCCAGUACCCGGUCGAUCCUACUGUGCCUGUCAUGCACUGA